GUCCGGUCGUGUGCUAUGAACACUUUCGAUCUCUAAAUGGAACUUACGAAAUAUUUCAUCGCACGCUUUGGUUAUUAUUGACAGUUUAGACAUUCGUGGAGUUUGGCUCUAAAGUUUUGAUUGGAUUAUCACGUGAUUAAUUGUGUAGAUGUUUAUGAUUAUUAAUAUUUAUUGAUACUGGCUAUGCCGACAUAGAAGAAAAACGCAACAAUGUUACAAUGGAAUUGGUGUCAGAAACAAACUUGGUUAUCGUAGAACACAAGGAGAGGACCAGAAACUUUUUAUAUAGUCGCAUUGCAUAGAUCUAAAUGCCUUUAACAACAGACCAGUGCGCUGCUGUUUGCAGGCGCCGACUAUGUUUGACUCGACUAAGGGCGCAUUGCUAGUAGCGCCAUCUCUUGCUAAUAGUUCAUGCUGGCCACAUGGUAAAGGCUGGCCGUCCACCUUCCCAGCAACUACUGAUAUCAUCAAGGCAUUUUUUAUAUUCGCGCUGUCCAUGGCCAUCGUUUUCUGCAACCUCGUGCUCAUAUGCGUCUUAAAUAAUCGGAGAUAUGUCAAGUAUAUUGAUAAUCAGCCAAGAUAUCUUUUAACUUCAUUAGCGUUAAAUGACUUGUUCACUGGUAUUUUAAUUGCUCCAGUUGCAUUACUCCCGGCUCUUUAUAAGUGCUGGCCCUACGGAGAAAUUUUCUGUCAAAUCCAGGCACUUUUACGUGGAGCAGUGAGUCAACAGAGCGCUGUUAUCCUUGUAUGUAUGGCGAUAGAUAGAUAUUUGUAUUUGUUACAUCCGAGCACUUAUCAUAAACAUUCUAGUAAAAAGGGUUGCGUGUUAGUUAUAAGUAUAACGUGGAUUUUGUCCGUGUCCCUAUUUGCUAUAAUGGUGUUGCCAAGAUCGGGGUAUUACUUCAACGCGACAGGCUUAAUGGCGUGCGAUGUCUUCCACAGCCGAGUAGCAUUCAGAAUUCUUUCGUGCUGUGCUUACUAUUUCCCAACUACAAUGGCUCUUAUGUAUUGUUACGGCUCAGGGUUUCACGUAAGCAAGACAAGAGGGAAAUGUGAAGAUUCUCGAUCUAACGGAUUGUCUCAGCCAUGCACUAAAGCCCACAUUGAAAUUGAAACUGUGCAAAUACAGCCACCUAUAAGGCCGCAUAGCGUUAGCACAUCACGUACUAUGGCUGCAAUGUCCUUAGGAUUUAUUGUUAUGGUCACGCCGGCGACUAUUCAAGAAGUGGUUGCCGCUUGCACUGGUUGUAAGGUUCCUCCGAGUUUGGAUUUUAUCGUCACAUGGAUAGCGUUGAGCGAUAGUUUUUGGAAUCCAUUCCUGUAUUGGCUUUUGAACAGCCAUUUUAGACGGAUCAGCCACGAUCUGCUACAAUAUUAUAUUUGCUGUCGGAAAACUAAAUCUUUCCCGGGCUACGAGAAGACUGCAGGUUGUUGUGGUUCGCCAGUUACGUCAGAUGGUUUGCAUUCAAAAGGAGAGUUCGAGGGUUUGAGAGAAAAAUAUUGGGGUGAAAUUUUAGAACGUACAGUUUCAUCAAAUUCCCUACACGCUCUUCAAAAAUCAUGCCACAGGGAUCCUAUUAGAUGUACAGGAUCUUUCAAAAGCUAUCAUGGCCCAUGUAAGCAUGGAUCCAGAUUUUUCGAUGGAUACGGUCCUACGGAGUAUAGGCAUAUAGAUAGAUCCGCCUUCCAAAUAGAGUCCUGUUCAAGACAUUGCAGAUUAAAAAAUUCCGAUAUUUGCCUUUUUAGACCAAGUCUAGAGUGUGGGCGUUCUCGUUCCAACUUGAGUUUAGAUGAGGGAAAUUUCACCAAGAUAUGUAAUAAUAGACAUCCGGAAUUGUGAGAGUUCCGAAACUGUCCGGUCUUCGGGCAUAGAAGUAAUAGUGUUAGUGUUUAUCCUGGGGUUGAACAUUUUAAUUCAAAUAUUAAGUGGAAAUUCAAUGACUCGCCGUGUUUAGAUGAUGAUAACAUACAAACCUU